AGGAGGAGGAAUUUGUGUGAUUUUGGUAAACAGCUGACCACUCACUUUGCGAGCUCUGCCCUCCUCCUCCUCGUUUCUUUGUCGCCUUUUGGUUUUUGCAGUCAGAUCUCUGUGUUAAACUGCAUGAACUAACAAUCCCACAGCCCACUCUGAUAAUCCAUACAUCAAACAUGCCUUUGGUGAACUCCUGCGGGUCGAAGGGGAAGCUGGUCCUGACCACGCUCCUUAUUUGUGCUGUAAUCUUGGAGUUAGCUUAUUGUCAAAAAGAUGCCAAAGAACAGCGGACACAACCAGGGGUGAAGGUCAAACCUACCAAACCCAAAGCAGAGAAAACAACCAACAAAGGACCCAGAGUCAUCACAACAAAACCCAAAGUCAAAGCUCCACGUGCAGCCCAGAGACAGAAUUUGCUCACACAGGUGGUGAACAGAGGUAAAUUUAAGAAGGUGGGAGAGACCAUAAGUGUGCCGGCUGGAGACACUCUGGAGCUGAGGUGUAGGGGUAAACCUGUGCAGUGGGGGGUCCCCCGAUACCUGGAGGAGGAUGAUGAUGGCAGGCUCAAGAUUGUCCAGAAUGAGCGGUAUGGGGCUCUGACAUUAGUCAACACGACUGGUGCAGACACUGGGGAGUACACCUGUUAUCCAAUGUACUGUGAGGACACUGACUGCAGAAAGGAGUACGACAAAGCUGUGAAAGUCUUUGUCUUCUUUCCCGACCCACAAGAACUGUUUGUUCCAUCAUCUGACUACUAUGAGGUGAUUCAGCUGAGAACCAACUGGCCCACGGUCCUGCCCUGCCAGGUGACGUCACCUGAGGCCAAGGUGACGCUGCACAGGGAGUAUCCCCCGGCGGAGGUGGCAGUGGAUGGGACAGAGAUCUCCUUUAGUGUCAGGAGGGGCUUCACCAUCCAUCGUCCCCGGCCUUAUCACGCUGGAGCCCUGUUCUGCGUCGCCAGCCUGGGAAACCUGAGGCAGAGCUCCACCAAAUACAUGCUCAUAUAUGUGAACUACCCCAUGGCUCCUCCUGCUCCGGUGAUCCAAGCUUCAUCGAGUUCAGUAACUGUGGGCGAGAAUCUACGCGUCAGCUGCACCGUGAUGGGAGAACUGGAUGUGUUGAUUGACUUUGCCUGGGAAUACCCGGGACAGGAGAUUGGGAGGCCUCUGUACACACAGGACAGCGUCAGUCCAGUUGCUGGAGGUGCAGGCCGACAGCAGUCUCAGUCCAUUCUCCUGGUGGACGAGGUGAGGGAUGUGGACCGGGGCACGUACACCUGCACGGCUCAGAACCUGCAAGGAUCCAAGUCAGUGUCCACCACGGUUAAAGUUGUCCCCAAAGCCAAACCAAAGAAACCAUGAAAGCAAACGCUGAGACAAACAGAGAAGAGGACGGUAGAGAUCAGCUGCUGCUGGAAUAAUUAUUCAACCACCUCUGAGAUCGCAGAUAAGAUGAAAGGCUUCAUCAGAAUCAGACAAACACUACAGUCUUAACACAAAUGUUACUCUACAUGUGAUGUUAUAUAUGUUGUUAUGGAUUUCACCUUUGUAUAUUAAACGUUUUUAGAACACACAA